AUGGCUUAUACAUUCACCACAAAGGAGGACUUGGUCAAGUUCUACGUCGGUAAAGACAUCGCCGAUGUACCGAAACCUGCGGCGGUGCUCGAUGUAGCCAUCAUCCGCCGACACUGUGAGCGAAUGAAGCGCACUGUGAAGGAGCUAGGCGUUGAAUUCCGAGCCCAUGUAAAGACACACAAGACUAUCGAACUCACCGAGAUGCAAGUGGACAAGACACAGCCUUCUGCAAAAUUCAUUGUAUCCACACUCCUCGAGAUCGAAACAUUGUUCCCCCUUCUCCAGGAGUUGAAAAAGUCCCAGCAAAUCAACGUUCUCUACGGGAUUCCGCUCGUCCCUUCACAUGUGAGACGUCUUGCAGAGCUAGCAGUGAAGCUAGGCGAAAAGUCAGUGUCCGUGAUGAUUGACCAUCCAGACCAAGUUUCCUUUUUGAAGGGAUUCUUCGAAAUCACAGGCUUCCCCGCUUGUGUGUUCGUAAAGGUCGAUACGGGCUACCAUAGAGCCGGUCUCCCCCCUAUCUCGCUAAACAAGAAUGGAUUAUUGGAGAGACUCGCUGAUGCAGAGAAGGAGGGAUAUGUCUUCUUUUUGGGUCUUUACUCGCACAGCAGCUUGAGUUAUGGCGCGAAGACAGCUGCAGAGGCCAUGGGUUAUUUGAGUAACGAGAUUCGCGGGUGCAAGGAUGCAUUGGUUCGGUGGAGGGAUCUUCUUCCCCAGAAUAGAGAACUGAUUAUUAGUGUCGGGGCUACGCCACAGGUUGCUUCUUCAAAUAACCUUGUGCCUGGGGCUGGGGCUGUAUCUUCAACCUCUGCCGAGGCGGAGGAGUUGAAGGCUUUGCUGCGGGAGUCGGAUGCGAAUGUGACAAUUGAGUUACAUGCUGGUGUCUAUCCUGUUUUGGAUAUGCAGCAGGUAUCUACACAUGCAAGAGACGGAGCGGGAAGACUUGAAGAAGAGAUAGCUCUUUCCAUUAUUGCGGAGGUUUGCAGUGUUUAUAAUGAUGGAGAGCGGGAGAAGCCUGAGGCUCUGCUUGCGGCUGGCACUUUGGCAUUGGCGAGGGAGCCUUGUGCCAGUUAUCCCGGCUGGGGUGUACUGUCUUUUUGGGGGUUGGGUGAGGAAAGCGAUGGGCCGAGACUGAUUAUCGAUCGGAUAAGUCAAGAGCAUGGGAUCGUUGGUUGGGAGUCUGGAGAUCAGAAGCGUCUGCCGUUAAAAGUUGGGCAGGUUGUGAAAGUGUUUCCCAACCAUGCAUGUGUAACUGGUGCCUUUUAUAGGUGGUACUUCGUUGUGGAUUCUGAUUGUGAAUCUGCCGAAUCCUCAUCAAAGGUCGUGGAUAUUUGGGUUCGGGGUGGAUCCGCCGUUACUGAUCCGCUACUAGCAACGAGAUGUCAGUAG